AUCUUCCAAGCUAUACUCUUGACUCUUUUAAUCAAAUCUCACACUCUCUUAUGCCCAAAAGAGAACACUUCUACUACUGCUUCUCUUCUACCACCACUACCACCACCAACAUCACUCCUUUUCUUCUCUCAUCUCUUCUUCUCCCAAUCACAAUGCCAUAACCAAUCAACCCAUUUCAACCCACACCGCCAUCUCCUCUUCUCUACCCACACAACCAUGGGUGCUUGCACUUCCAAGCCACAAAAACCCAACCCCUACGCUUCCAGAGACGACCCAAAUGACCAAGCCACCCCUGCCCAUCUCCCAAAAUCCCCACCACCGCCGCCGCCCCACAACGACGCCGGAGCCAAGAAAUCUCCCUUCUUUCCCUUCUUCAGCCCGAGCCCAAGCCCGGCCCACUACUUCAAAAAGUCCCCGGCCCAUACUAAGCCCAACAGCGCCACCUCCACGCCCUUACGUUUCUUCAAGCGGCCGUUUCCGCCGCCGUCUCCGGCGAAACACAUAAGGGCGGUGCUGUUGAGGAGACAAGGGAAGAAGGCGGUGAAGUCGUCGUCGGCGGCGGCGGCGGCGAUUCCGGAAGAUGAGGAAGAGGAAGAGGUGGUGUUGGAUAAAAGGUUUGGGUUUUCGAAAGAGUUCACGUCUAGAUUGGAAGUUGGAGUAGAAGUGGGACGAGGGCAUUUUGGGUAUACUUGCUCGGCUACUUUCAAGAAGGGUGAGCACAAGGGUCAGCAAGUUGCUGUCAAAGUCAUUCCUAAAUCCAAGAUGACAACAGCGAUUGCAAUUGAGGAUGUGAGAAGGGAGGUGAAAAUAUUGCGAGCCUUGACAGGACAUUACAAUCUAGUAAAAUUCUACGAUGCUUUUGAAGACCAUGAAAACGUCUACAUAGUAAUGGAGUUAUGUGAAGGAGGGGAGCUUCUAGACAAAAUACUUUCAAGGGGCGGGAAAUUCUCAGAAGAUGAUGCAAAGGCUGUCAUGGUACAGAUACUGAAUGUGGUUGCAUUUUGUCAUCUUCAGGGUGUGGUGCAUCGAGAUCUUAAACCAGAGAACUUCUUGUAUACUUCUAAGGAUGAGAACUCCAAGUUGAAAGCCAUAGACUUUGGCUUAUCGGAUUUUGUCAAGCCAGAUGAUAGGCUUAAUGACAUCGUGGGAAGUGCAUAUUACGUCGCCCCUGAAGUUCUACAUAGAUCUUACAGUACAGAGGCUGAUGUAUGGAGUGUAGGAGUAAUAGCUUAUAUUCUAUUAUGUGGUAGUCGCCCAUUUUGGGCUAGGACUGAAUCUGGAAUUUUUCGGGCAGUCUUGAAAGCUGAUCCUAGUUUUGAUGAAGCACCUUGGCCUUCUUUAUCUUCAGAAGCAAAGGACUUUGUCAAGCGUCUACUAAAUAAGGACCCACGAAAACGAAUGUCAGCUGCUCAGGCACUAAGUCAUCCUUGGAUCCGAAAUUAUAAUGAUGUAAAAGUACCUCUCGAUAUUUUAACAUUUAGACUCAUGAGGACUUAUAUGCGAUCAUCAUCGCUGCGUAAGGCUGCUUUGAGGGCGCUGUCUAAAACGUUGACUGUAGAUGAACUUUUUUAUCUGAAGGAGCAGUUUGCUCAAUUGGAGCCAAACAAAAAUAACACCAUAACCUUAGAGAAUAUUAGAAUGGCCUUGAUGAAAAAUGCAACAGAUGCAAUGAAGGAGUCUCGCAUCCCUGAUUUUCUUUCAUCGCUUAAUGCACUUCAAUACAGAAGAAUGGAUUUUGAAGAAUUUUGUGCAGCUACAUUAAGUGUGCAUCAGCUGGAGGCACUUGAUCGCUGGGAGCAACAUGCCCGCUGUGCAUAUGAACUUUUCGAGAAGGAUGGGAACAGGGCUAUUGUUAUUGAAGAACUUGCAUCAGAGCUUGGCCUUGGCCCCUCUAUUCCAGUUCAUGCUGUUCUUAAUGAUUGGAUAAGGCACACUGAUGGGAAGUUAAGCUUUCUCGGCUUUGUGAAAUUAUUACAUGGUGUAUCUAGCCGAAUCCUGACAAAGACACAGUGAAGUCAUACCACAUAAGCUCUUAUGAAGGACCGUUUUUCUCUAUGCUUUUCUAUCAAACAAAUGCAUGAAAAUCAACACUUACCACAACUAUUGAUUGAUUCUCGAAAGUCAAGAUUUCUGUCAAGUGUGGUUCUAGACAACCCUCAUCCACUCAGACUAGGGGCGUUCACUCGUGCCAAUUCUUUGAGAGGAGUCAACCUGUGUAGAAACUGCAGGUGCUGUUAUUUGUUAAUUCUAAAGCCAUGGGAGUUAAUAUUGGUAUUCCGGUGUAAAGUUGUAGUUAGUUUGCCUAUAAAAGAGGCUACAAUAUGGUCUUAUAAUUUCACAUUGAUGAUUUGUACA